CAGAGCCAAACUCAAAUCUGCUCUCAGAGGACUGUGUGCCUUUCCGUGAGUGCUGCAUUACUUGAACCUCUUGUCUGAACUGUCUCCCUAUAGCAUCCAGAACCAUGCCUGACACAGCAGAGUCCCACUCGGCGACCCUCACCACCAACCGUAACUGCACCAUUGAGAUCACCAAUGUCAGCGGCACUUACUGUCUCGUCAACCCAAAGAUUUACAUGGAGAGUGGAUUCCCAUUCAAUCCCCCACAGCCCACUGUGCGCACCCAAAAGACAGAGGUGUGUUCCUUCGUCAAGGAUGACAACACAGCUUCCGGGGCUGUUGGUGUUCUGACCUACGAGCUGUAUAACAUGAAGACCCGCAGUUGCAGUGAGCUGAUGGCCAUCAUGUUCUCUGUGCCAUUCGACUACAACUUCUACAAGAACUGGUAUGCUGUGGGAAUCUUUGAGCACACACUUGCCUGCGAUGAAAAACUCUACAAAACAAUGUACAACAGCAAGGAUUUCAGCAACUUUGUGCGCCAUGAGGCUGAUGGCUCUGGGAUGCUCUACCAGGGCAAAGAUUUGGAUGUGAGGGCCUGCAUGUCUGAUGAGGGCAAAGCAAUCAUCAAGCUCGAGCUGUAUGAUAUGAUGGGUCGAUAAACGAUAAUGCCCUCAACAUGAAGAGCUCAAAUAAAAUGAAAGCAUUGGGGUUGAUACUCUUGAUUAUUGCUGUCAUGGAUGCUUUGAAUAAAUAAAAGAAAAUU